AUGUAAUCGAGAACAUUUGUCCACCGCAUUAUUAAUUUAAUUGCAGAUCAAAUUAUGAGAAAUUUGCUCAGAAAAUUCCCUUUUGAAGAUUUGCUUUACGCAAGUUUUCUUCAACUAAAUGUUCUCCUGAUGAUGUUAUCAAAGGAGAUAUUAGAAUUUCAGAUCAUAAUUAAUCCAAAAAAUGUAAGAUGUCCUAAACUUCAAUCAUCUGUAAAGGAAGUCCCAGAUUAACUAGAUGAUUAUUUAUUCAGUCAAUUCAAUGAGGGAUGUCUAGAAUUCUUCAAUUAGCCUUACAGGUUAAAAGUUAGAUUAUAUAUAUUGAGAUAUCUCAAUUUAGCAGCAUUAAAUAAGACAUAUAUGCUUAUCAUAACAUGGCUGGACUCUAAGCUAUAUGUUCAAAUUCCAACCAAGCAAUCUUUAUAGGAGAAAGUGGGCAUGAUAAUAAAGAUUGGAAUAAACACAUCACUGAUGAGGAUAGACCAAUUGAAAAUAAAUUAAGCCCUAACAUUUUUAGGAUGUAUGAAAUUGGAUGGAAAACGAAAUUGUACAUUAAAAUUAAAUGAAUGUUUGAUUUUGUUAUUGGAAACAUUCAAAUUGACAUCGAAGACAGAAUUGUGGGUGAAGAAAAGUUAAAAUAAUGAAUAGCCUAAACUUUAAAGAAAUAUUUAAAACAGAAAAGGAGGUAUAAGGAUUUUCAAUGAAGAAUUGAAAACUUUGAUGAGAAAUUUAAGGUUCAUGGAAAACAGCAAGCCUCAUAAGAAACUUUUUGGGAUGUCACUGGAAAUCUUGCCUAUAGAUAAGGCUAGAAAUAUUGAACCAUCUCUGCUUAAGACAAAGAUGGGCAAAGAAACUGAUGUCAGAGGUCUUUAUCUUAUCUUAUGA